UCUGGAUAAAUGUUAACAUAAUAAAUUAUUGAAAACCAACGGAAAUUGAGACCUGUGUGAAGCUAGCCACAAGUGGAAUUUGCGUUAGAGAGAGUAGGGAAAACAGCAGGUCCGGGACAAGGUAUGCUACUCGGUGACACUCACCGAACACAACUGUAGAGUUUGUAAACAAAUAUUCGCAUCUUAGCUAAUUAUUUGAAAAACGAACUGCUUCGAAGACCAUGUAAUCCAUGAUGGACUGCCAUAGUUGUUAAUUACCUAUAUUAUCCUAAUGGUGAUGCACCUUUACACAUUUAAAUCAGCACAACGCCCGCCUUGGGGCGGCAGGGUAGCCUAGUGGUUAGUGUUGGACUAGUAACCGAAAGGUUGCAAGUUCGAAUCCCCGAGCUGACAAGGUACAAAUUUGUCGUUCUGCCCCUGAACAGGCAGUUAACCCACUGUUCCUAGGCCGUCAUUGAAAAUAAGAAUUUGUUCUUAACUGACUUGCCUCGUAAAAUAAAGGUAAAAUAAAAAUGUGCCAAAAAUGCAUCAAGUCAAUCGCUUGGCCUGAUAUAAGUAUAGAUACAGUAAAGUACACACUAAAGAGUAAAAAAAACAUGUAAGAAAAAUUGUUUAAAAAAUAAAAAGCACAACUGCAGACUUCAAAGAAUAGGCCAGGGCAUUCCGAGUUGAUCAGAUGGUGCCUGCUAAUGUCAUCGGCCUCCCCCUUUGCUUGAGGAACAAAAUAAGAAGCCCCUCCCCCCUUUUAAGUAAAUCAAGUGAAAAGGAGACUGGAGUAGGACUUUAAUUUGUGCUCCUCCAGUUACACAACAUCCCUUCCUAUCUCUAAUUUGAUAGGCCUACCUGUAAAAUGGAAGGGGUGUCGUAUCCCCUUAACCAGAGAAAUGGGACAACAUUUACACACACUUUGGUUGAACUCAUACCUUGGUUGACUCAGCUUGGCAAUGCUACUUUCAGCUUGAUCUCAAUUAUUGGAGAGAGGCCUCAUUGCUUUAUUAGGUAUGAAGGGUGUCAAUGGUGCUUUUGUUAUUGGUCAAUUUUGUUGUAACUAGUACUCUUUGUAUGUUGGCCUAUGUUAAUUUAAUAGGCCUACAUUAAAUUGUAUUGGUAACAUACACAUUUAGCAGAUGUUAUUGCGGGUGUAGUGAAAUGCUUAUGUUUGUAGCUCUAACCGUGACAUGAGUUGGGGUCAAUGUGAAUUGAAGUCAGUCAAUUCAGGAAGUGAUUGGAAUUUACAAAAUGGAGAGAACUUGACAUAAAUCGCUUCUCCUUGUCCGCUUAUUUAGAAGUAAAUGGAAAUGGAUGAACCUACCUCUUAAAUUAUUGAAUUGGAAUAUAAUUUCUCAAAUUGACCCCAACCCUGAGGCUUAAAUUCAACACUUAGAUGAGGAUCACACUGCGCAACAUCCAUUAUGGUUCCAUAGGCUCUCCAAUUCACCUUCAUUUACAGUUUUACUCUGUUCAAGUAGACAGUUAUCAAUAGUUCGUUUCUUUAUUAGUCAUUCAAAAUGUACAGGCCUACGGUAUUUGGUACCCUCUGCUGGUGAUUUGCAGGAUGUGCAAUGAUUACACGUAAAAGAAUGGCUGUGAUUGCCUACUAUGAUCCAUUUUAUAGAGAGAAAUUGGCAUAACUUUAAAACUAGCAGAGAUCUAAGUCUGGAAAUUUGAUAUGCCUGUAGAGUAUGUUCAACAUUAUAUUGUAACAUUCCCAUUCAAAAUAUUUAUUUUUAGUCAUGUAAGAAAAUUGUUACUUAAAUCAAAAUACUACUCUUAUUAUAGGGCAAGUGGUAAAGCUUGAUUUGACAUGUAGUCAGUGAUAUGUAGCCCAAAAUCAUGUUUAAUGACAUUUCAUCUUUCAAUCAUGCAAGACUUCAUGUAUGCAUAUGGUUCCCGCCAUAGAGCUAACAAUAGGCCCCAAUCACCACACAACCCCCGCCACAAGACGCACUUGCCAUGGCUGAGAGAUCUUGGGUGAAGAGGCAAGAAUUGUUUUAAUUUGCAUAACUGUUUAAAUGCUUUAAAAAAAUUGACAGACUAGAAAUAAGAAUGUUCUCUUUUGUAUUGCAUGUUACUUGGUUUUAUUCCCCCCUUAUUAUUUGCAUUUCACAGCAACACCUACAGUCCACAAUCUUAAUUUAGUUUGAGGAUAUGCAUUUCUAAAAUGUUUGUUACAAAAAAUGUAUUUCCUUAGUUUGUCCUGGUGGUCGGUAUUUCUAAUCUUCAUGCCUUAGUGGAUAAUAUUGUGCCCAUGUCAAACCGAGCUGGUAGCACAGGUCAUGCUGACCAGACUUGGCUUCAUGUCCACUCUCCUGGAGCCAGAGCUCCACAUCUGGAGGCAGAUGUUUAUGGGAUUGUGUUACCACAAGGCCUUGUCCCUGCCUUUGGCCAUCCAUCGAUCAGGCAGGGAAAAGGUUUAAAGAACUCCUCCAUGAUGCUCUGUUCAAGUGGACUGAGUAAAUCCUUAAUUACCAUUACUAGUAGUAUAAAGGAAUGACGUAAGUGAAAAUCACAAUUUCCACGACCAUGUUUUGCAAAGGACUAAAACCCUGGAAUGUCACAUGUAAUUAUUUGCAGGUCUUUGUACAUUACUUCCCACGUCGCAUUGACGUCGUAAAGGAUCCAAAGUACCAGUAGCAGCUGGCAUUGGAGUAUGAAGACCAAGCAUGGGAGCUAGGUGUGACUUGUGCCUUCCCACUGGUUCCCCUGGUCCCACAAUAAAGUACACCUGAGUGAUGAUUAUGGGAUUGCAAUUUUGGCCACGCUGAUCAGACACUUUGUUUGAGAGACUGCGAUGCAUGGCUGCUGCUAGGCCUACUUCUGCUGGGAUUUAAAGUGAUGGGAGUGAAGGCAAGAUUUGCCAGAUUUCCAAGACAACUACUUCUAGUGCACCCCCAGCAGGACCCCCUCUUGCAGCACCACCUGCUCCUCCAAUGGCUGGCCUUGUGAUCCACAGUCAUGGGGGCAGAGGCAAGGUUGGACACCCGGCGGCUGUCGUUCCAUCAGUUCAGCCAUGUGGAGGCAAAUAAGUACUUUCAGCCGACUCGCAGGAGCCAGUGAGUGUGGUGUUCAAGGUGUACUGUCUGUCAGUGAUGACAAUGGUGGCAGCAACUUACACUGUGGUAUUACGAUACACAAGGACCAUAUCAUCAACAGCUAUGUACUUCUCUACAACAGCAGUAUGCGUCACAGAGGUUAUUAAAUUGUUCUUGAGCCUUGGGAUGUUGACCAAAGAAGCUGGCAGCUUUGGCAGGUUAAAAGCAUCCAUAGUUGAACAUGUGUUUCAGUGUCCAAAAGAGCUGCUGAAACUGAGUGUUCCCUCUGUGGUCUAUGCGAUUCAGAAUAACAUGGCCUUCAUAGCCCUGAGCAAUCUUGAUGCAGCUGUGUAUCAGGUGACCUAUCAGUUGAAGAUCCCGUGCACAGCCCUAUGCAUGGUCCUAAUGCUGAACCGCUCUCUCAGCAGGCUGCAGUGGUUGUCUGUCUGCAUGCUGUGUGGGGGUGUUGCUUUGGUCCAGUGGAAACCUGCAGAGGCCACUAAAGUCCAGGUUGAGCAGAACCCUUUUUGGGGGUUCAUGGCCAUUGCUAUCGCUGUAUUCUGCUCUGGAUUUGCAGGUGUGUACUUUGAGAAGGUCCUGAAGAGCUCAGACACAUCCCUAUGGGUGCGGAACAUCCAGAUGUACCUGUCUGGCAUCGUGGUCACCUUCGCUGUUGUUUACAUGACUGAGGGUACUCAGGUUAUACAGAAAGGCUUCUUCUACGGUUACACGCCUUGGGUGUGCUUUGCAGUUUUUCUGGCCAGUGUGGGUGGUUUGUACACAUCAGUGGUGGUGAAGUACACAGACAAUAUCAUGAAAGGCUUCUCUGCUGCAGCCGCCAUCGUUCUCUCUACUGUGGCAUCUGUCGCUCUGUUUGGGCUACAGAUAACUGUUAACUUUGCCAGUGGAGCAAUGCUAGUGUGUAUCUCCAUAUACCUGUAUGGACUCCCAAAACAAGACACCACCAAGCUUCCAAGAGCAGACAAUGAUGCCAAGCAGAAACUGAUCACUGUUUGAGGCCUGGAAGAACUUAAACAUUUAUGGCCUUUCCUGACCACUGAGCUGGACCUGCCCGAGGCCCUCUGUUGCGUAUAGAUUAAGAGUGUCGGCAAGGAACUUUAAUUUAUUAAUGCUGGAGCAGAAAUUAAGGGAAGGGAUUUUAAAAUACACUUCAAUAUUCUGUGGAGCUGAGUCAAAGAAAUGACCUGUUUUUGUUGACUGUGUUACUGCUGUCAGUCAUUCCACUUGUCACAGUACUAAAUGUAUAUACACAGCUGACAAUCAUGUCAUUGUUGUAGCUGUCAUUAUCUAUAAUACAGUCUUGGGUCGUCUGUUUUGAACAUUCAAAAUACAUUUGUUGACCCUCAAUGUUAAUGGCAAUAAAUCUGAACUGUUAUGCAUUG